AUGGAACUACAGAAUAGAGAGGUUCAUCACCAAGCAGCGGCUAACAUUAGACAGGCAUCCAAGACACCCAAGGGUGAUAUCAGCCUAACGAAGGAAGACGUGGUAAUUAGUGACGAGGCCAAAGGAGAUCCCGACUUGCGUGCGGACAGGGGGCAGUCCAGUACUGGUGAACAUGUAGCUAGUAGUGGGCUGCCCUCCUGUUCGUCUUCGGGUAUCUCUGGAGCCUCAUCUUCCGGUAACGAGCAACCACGCUUCCCACCUAAUAAGCGUAGGCGCCACCGCCGUCGUUCCAACAACAAGGGCACGGUGCAGGGCCAGUCGUCAACACAGAAGCUAACCGAGCUCAUGGCACAACAACAGUCGCUCUUGGAGAAAUACGAACAAAGGCUGAAGCGUACAUCUUCAGAACGACCUACGACAACGUUGUCCGCGCACGAAGCGUUGACUAGCCCAUAUAAACGGGGGCAUAGGGCACGAGGUAGGGAGGGCAAUCCCACGUUUCGUAUCCAAGGCCGUUCACAACAGCAACAUGGACUCGGGUAUGAAUCACCUGGGUCGGCAGGUCAACUCUCCGAGGAAGAAGAGACUUUGUCGUCUCUGGACGAGGCUUCGUCAUUCCAAGAAUUCGCACGUGAGCAGGUGUUGGCCAAACAAAACCCACAUGGGCAGGAAGCGCUCAAGAACAGGCAGGACCAGAUGAGCACGACCUAUCGCCAACAACAACAGCGACAAUCGUUCGAGAGGGCAGCAACCAGUGAGUAUGUACAGACGCCUAAGCGAGCGAAGACGACGACGCUCACACCUCCACCCACACCGGCGAGUAUCGAGAAAAGUCGACAGGUGCUACACGCACGUAUACUACACUUGAGCGACGAGCUAUGCCAAGCAAUAGAGGAUAAUAAUACGGCUCGAGCUGAAGCUCUUAGGGGAGCGAUCGAAACGCUUCGAGCCACGCCAGAGUCCCGUCCAGUGAAAAAGCGUCCAGUACCAUCACCUCGUACAUGGCCCGAUUGGCCCUCGAAUAGAUACCACCUCCACGACUUCAUGGAACGGGACACGAAGGGGGCUUUACUGGAGGCUUUUAAGAACGCGCAAAUCGCAGGGUUAGAUGAGAGUUGGAGCCUUAUAUGGUUCCACAAGGUAUUAUCCUACUUAGAGGCUGAGAAGUCAACAUUGGAUUACAUACGUGACAACUCUGAACGAUUGAAGAUGUGGACGCCACAACCACAAAUCGAACAGAUUUGCUCACACGAGACUCUCAAGCCACUGUUGAUCCCGUGUUUUGUAAGCUUGCCAAGGGCCAUAACCGCAACAUGCACACCCCUAUUAUGGAACACAUGA